AGAGCGGCGCCCGCCCCGCGUCCGCCGCCCCGCCAGGGCGAGGAAAGGAGGCGCAGCCCUUGGGGAGGCAGCUGGAUGAAGGCGUGUACCUCAGGGCGGGCUCGGCAGCCCCUCGGGCAUGAAGGGGACCGCGGGGACUCUGCCCUGUCCUGCAGCCGAGCGGGGACAUCAGGAAGACAGCUGCCUUCAGAUGAUACAGAACUCACUGACAGUUGCUCUUGCUUCAGUCCUACUUCAUGAGAACUUCAGAAGAUACUAACUGAGCAGAUGGUACGUGAACAAUACACUACGACAACACCAGGCACUAGCCUAGAGAGGCCGAAGAAUGAAUAUGUCUACAAAAUUGGAAUUUAUGGCUGGAGAAAGCGUUGCCUCUACCUGUUUGUUCUCCUCCUGCUUAUCAUCCUAGUUGUGAAUUUUUCUUUGACAAUUUGGAUUCUUAAAGUGAUGUGGUUUUCCCCAACUGGAAUGGGACACCUGCGUGUUACAAAAGAAGGUCUUCGUCUGGAAGGGGAAUCUGAAUUCUUAUUCCCUCUUUAUGCCAAAGAAAUCCAUUCUAGAGUGGACUCAUCACUGCUUCUCCAGUCUACUCACAAUGUGACUGUGAAUGCUCGCAAUUCGAAUGGGGAAGUCACAGGCAGAUUAAAUGUGGGUCCUAAAAUGGUAGAAUUCCACGGUCAGCAAUUUCAGAUCAACUCAAAGGAUGGAAAGCCACUUUUUACAGUGGAUGAAAAUGAGGUUGUAAUUGGCACAGAUAAGCUUCGAGUCACAGGGCCUGAAGGAGCACUUUUUGAACACUCUGUAGAAACACCACUUGUAAAAGCAGAGGCUUUUAAACAGCUUAGGCUGGAAUCACCAACACGAUCUUUGAGCAUGGAUGCACCACGAGGAAUUAAUAUCAAAGCACAAGCUGGGAAUAUUGAAGCUCUUUCGCAGAUGGAUAUCAAACUACACAGCAGUGAUGGUGUGCUUUUGCUCGAUGCUGAAACUGUGCGACUGCCCAAACUACCUGAGGGUACAAGGGGCGGAUCCGGUAUUUCUCAGGGGCUCUAUGAAAUCUGUGUGUGUCCAGAUGGAAAGCUCUACUUGUCAGUGGCUGGCGUGGGCUCCACCUGCCAAGAAUACAGCCGUGUCUGCCAAUGAGGCACCAGAAAAGGCCGCACACCCCCUUGCGCAUCUGAGUUUUAUAUUACUGCUAAAAAGCACUACUGCAAGAGUAUUUUUCAGAAUUUAAAAAACUAAGUACUUCAAUUUAGGAAGCAAAUUUGUAUCUACAGUUCUGGACUACAGGGUGUAAGGGGAAGAAGAGCACAAAUGACAUUUCAGCUUCAGAAGAAUGACUUGAAUCAAAUUACAUGUUCUGUCAGUAACACUUUGAAAACAGCCUUACAGAGAGCAUAAAAAAAUAAAACUAUGUUUCCUUGCUGAACUGUUAUUCAGUUCAGAUGUUUAUGUCAUUGUUCCUAUUUUUGAGAUCCGUGGGUUUUUUCUCUCACUACUUGUAAGCACUUACUGUAUGAGUGGGUGAAUUUAGAUUGAGGGAACUACUUGAACUAUUUGCUAAGACAAAGCAUUAUUUGGAGAAUUCAGAAAGUGCCAGCAAAUGGUCUAUGCAAUUUUGUUCUUGCAAUAACACAUGAUAUAAAAAUGUGAUAUUUGUAUAAGUUCUCUGUAAAAGGUGUUAACUUGCUAAAGCUUUCUAUUUUAAUUUGGCAACAUAUAUGCUGAUUUGCUUAUUACUGAGAUUCAUAUAAAAUUAACUAAUAGUAAAAGCUCCAGAAUUCAUUAAUACCUUCGUGCGUCUCAAUUCUGUCCACUAUACAACAGAGAAAUACAUUAUUAAAUUUUAUAAUAGCAGUUGUUUGUUCUACUGCCUGUACUGUCAUAUUCAUUUAAAUCCUUUUUUAUUUUAGGACAUGCUAAUUCAAUAAGGCAAUUUGUUCUGCCAGCUGGACCACUAAAAAGAAAAAAAGUGUGGCUUCAGAUUGUCUGACACAAGGAAUUGUUUUAGCAGUGGGGAAAAAAGUUCUUUUACACAGCCCACAGGUUUCAAUUAACAGGAAUAUUUUAUUUCUGUCUGCAGCUGUUGACUGAUAUUUCUGAUCCUGACAGAGUGGGACUCCAUCACAAAUGGACAGAAUAAAACUGCUCUUUAUUUUUUACAUUAGGACUUGGGUUACAAAAUAAGUGCUCACCAGAGUUGACAAACUCUUUAGUAACCUUGUAAAGAAAUACAGCUGCAGACCCAUUCCCCUGUACAGUGUUGCACUGAACACAAAUAAAUUGUUUGCACAUCUCUGGGUAGCAAGAUUUGUAUUUAAUAGUCUGUUGUUUAAACCUCAUGGGUUUUUAAUUCCUUUGAUGCUGUUUUGUAUACACUUGAUGGUAUUGUUAUCCAGGAAGGAGCUGCUAUCACAUGGUGCCUUGGUGUCUAUUUACAGAAGGAUUUUAACCCAUAAUUGUUAGUAAACCACAGAAUGUCCAUCCUUUGGAAAAAAUAAUAAUCAUCCUUAAAACAGGAGAAUUGGAACAAAAGAGUUACUAACUUUUUUUAAACUUGCUACUUCGGCUUUGUUGAACAAGGGAAGAAAACAAACACUCAGUUAACAUGCCUGGUACACACAAAAGCCUGAGCUGAGGAACAGUCCCCUGUUGACAGUAUCCACUAGUAUUGCGGUAAAGCCCUGGACAGUCCCUGCCUCAAGGGCUGCCUUUGCAAUUUACCUAACUAGUCUGAUGUACAAAACUGAAACUGCCCUUCGGCAUUAAUUGUGGAGCCCCCACAAUUAAUGCGAGCUAGAAGAGCUUCAACAGGGCAAGUAGAAAAUGCUUAAGCUGAGCUUAAGCAAUUGAAGCAAGGUCUCACAUGUUAUUUGGAGACUGCUCCAAUUGCUAAUACAUUCCCUAAAUGAGAAGUAGGAAGCCACACUUCUUUAACAUCUGAAAUUCCCUUUUCCUGGGCUUAGACUCACUCACUCCUACCUUCAGGAGCAGGUCUGAGGCUGUUGGCCAUAAAGAGAAGAAUUUAUAUCUCUACAACAAUAUCUCUUGAUUAUAUCUGCCCCUCCAACUAAGCCUUCUUCUGAGGCAGACUUUAACAGAAACAUGUCUUCAGUAUUCCUUAGGCAGUUUAGGUGGUUCCAGCUCCAUGCAUAAGCUUUUACAAACCAAACUACGAGCAGAUUUAGCUUAUUCAUUGGAUAGAAAGUAUGAGUAU